CCGAAGAGCAGAGGCGGAGGAAGAGGAGCCACCGGCACCGGGGCCAGCGUCCAGCAACAAAGCCUCCCUGUAAACGCGGACUGAGAGAGCGAAUAUCCACCUCCGGCCACUGACCGAAACCGACUCUGCGUUAACGAGCAGCGUGUCACGGAAGAAGCGCAGAUGGACACCAGAAACGCCACUGAGGAGAAACCUGUCCAGAGGUCAAAGUCCUUCAGCUUUAAGACUCAAAAGGAAGUGUGUGCAUCAUGUGAGAAGACCGUCUACCCAAUGGAGAGACUGGUUGCCAACAACCUGAUCUUCCACUCCAAAUGCUUCUGCUGUAAACACUGCAACUCCAAACUCAGCCUCGGCACCUAUGCAGCUCUCCAAGGGGAGUUUUACUGCAAACCCCACUACCAGCAGCUGUUUAAAAGCAAAGGCAACUACGACGAGGGCUUCGGACGCAAACAGUACAAAGAGCGCUGGGCCUCCAAGGAGACAGAAAAUAUUACAAAGACGCCCUAAUCAUGUCUUGGCCUCGCCUCUUCCCUGUCCUCUAACACCUCCGACACAUCACAACGAACACACGCCUCAUACGCUGGGUGUCGUAAAACCACCCACCCGCGCACUCACUCGCUUUGUAAACGCCAUCAGAUCAGAUACAUGCACAAGCAGGUAGGACAGGGACAUCAGACUUAGUUCAGUUCAGGGGCCACAUUCAGUCCAAUUUGACCAAACCAUUCAAAUAAUAACAUAAUAACCUAUAAAUAAUGACAACUCCAAGUUUUUCUCUUUGUUUUUGUGCAAUAAAAAACAUUAAAUGAU